AUGAAGGUGACUCCAGGACAGCUGGCUCUGGCUUUGCCACCCUUGUCACCAGAGUACGGUAAUUUACAGCGGCACUCCACCGUAUUUAUCCCCAAGGUGAACGUGAGCAGGAAAAGCAUGCUGCAGAUCUCCUUGCAGCCUUGCGGAGGAGACGGAGAGCUCGCCAGCUGCGAGAGCGGAAACGGGGAUGGAGGUUCCUGCAGCAGCAGCACCACUAGCGAUGCCGGCUACUGCAGCAGCAACAGCAUAUUUGAAGCGGACGUUCCAGAUCGCAAGCCCAUGCACCACGCCACCAAUGCUGCAGACAUGCACUCCAUAAAUGUCCCUCCGCACGUACACAUCCACGUAUCUCACGGCACAAGUGCAAGAAAAUCAAACACCCUGCAGGACAACAGCAUAAAUGGUGAAACGGAUCAUGUUCCAACCUGCACGGAGAAAAAUUAUACCACAGAAAAUCCCAACAAUGAAAGGCCGUACACUUUCAAGGACUUCCUGUUGCACCCGAGAAGUCACAAGUCGAGGGUGAAAGGUCAUCUGCGACUGAAGAUGACAUACCUGCCCAAAAACAGCGACACGGAGGACGACCCAGCCAAACAGAACGAGAAUCUGGAUCCUGGUUGGGAGUUUUUGGAGCCUCAUGAAUUAUGCAGUCCUCACCAUCCUCACCAGCUGCCUGCGCUGCCCCCUGGCUGGGAGGAGAGGCAGGACAACCUGGGACGAACCUACUACGUCAACCACGAGAGCAGGACCACCCAAUGGCACAGACCCACCAUCCAGGACAGUCAAAGAGACAAUGAACAGAGACAGGAUACACACAGCGAGUCCCAGCGGGCGUUCCUCACACGCAGACAAAUAUCUGAACAUGGCGAGAACCACGAGCGCAGAGAGUCACCUGAGAGCUGGGAGAUCAUAACAGCAGAUGAGACCACGCUUUAUAACAGCCACAGCGAGCGCUCUCCGCCGCCCCCCCACUCUCCGAUGGAGUUUACUGGAUUCUGUGAGGAGUUCAGCAGACUGCAGGCCGGAAACGACAGACGCACAUCCCUCACGCCGCAGGGUCACGGCAGCCGCAGAGGAAGUGGACAGACCCUAACAGCGGAAGAGCAUCCUGUUCACCCCGUGUUAUUACCCACAUCUGCCGGGCUGCCUCCGGGAUGGGAGGAGAAGCAGGACAGUAAAGGGAGAAUUUAUUACGUCAAUCACAACAGCAGGAUGACAACCUGGACACGACCGCUCAUUCAGCUCAUACAGCCGCCCUCUGAGGCCGCAGCAGCAGCGGUGGCGGGUGCUGCCUUGAAUCCCACAGUCUAUGCUCCGCCGCUGCUCUCCCCGGAUGUGUCCCCUCAGCACGCACUCUCUCACUCGCCGGAGCACACGGGCCUGAUGCCGGCCGGCUGGGAGGUGCGCAGCGCUCCGAAUGGACGGUCCUUCUUCAUAGACCACAACACUAAGACCACCACAUGGGACAACCCCCAUGCACUCAUACAGCCGCCCUCUGAGGCCGCAGCAGCAGCGGUGGCGGGUGCUGCCUUGAAUCCCACAGUCUAUGCUCCGCCGCUGCUCUCCCCGGAUGUGUCCCCUCAGCACGCACUCUCUCACUCGCCGGAGCACACGGGCCUGAUGCCGGCCGGCUGGGAGGUGCGCAGCGCUCCGAAUGGACGGUCCUUCUUCAUAGACCACAACACUAAGACCACCACAUGGGACAACCCCCGGCUGAAGGUUCCUGUGCACAUGAGGAGAAGAGUCUCCCUUGACCCCACUGACCUCGGCCCACUGCCGCCUGGUUGGGAGGAGCGAGUACAUGGUGACGGCAGAAUCUUCUACAUCGAUCACAAAACAAAAGUCACACAGUGGGAGGAUCCAAGACUACAGAGUUCAGCCAUCACUGGUCCAGCCGUGCCUUACUCCAGAGACUAUAAACAGAAGUAUGAUUACUUCCGCAAGAAACUCAAGAAACCAGCUGACAUCCCGAACCGCUUUGAGCUGAAUGUGAGACGUAACGCUCUUCUGGAGGACUCGUACCGGCGCAUUCUGUCCGUCAAACGCUCGGACCUGCUAAAGGCCCGCCUCUGGGUGGAGUUUGAGGGGGAGAAGGGGCUGGACUAUGGGGGCGUGGCCAGGGAAUGGUUCUUCCUGAUCUCCAAGGAAAUGUUCAACCCGUAUUAUGGGCUGUUUGAGUAUUCUGCCACGGAUAACUACACCCUACAGAUCAACCCCAACUCAGGUCUGUGUAACGAGGACCAUCUGUCCUAUUUUAAGUUCAUCGGCCGGGUGGCUGGGAUGGCCGUUUAUCACGGGAAGCUGUUGGAUGCAUUCUUCAUCCGGCCCUUCUACAAGAUGAUGCUGCAGAAGCCAAUCACGUUACAGGAUAUGGAGUCAGUGGACAACGAGUACUUCAACUCCCUGCGAUGGAUCUUGGAGAACGACCCCACAGAUCUGGACCUCAGGUUCACCAUCGACGAGGAGCUCUUUGGACAGACGCACCAGCAUGAGCUGAAACCAGGAGGUGCUGAUAUUGUGAUCAAUGACAACAACAAAAAGGAGUAUAUUCAUCUGGUGAUGCAGUGGAGGUUUGUGGAUCGGAUCCAGAGACAGAUGACGGCCUUCAAGGAGGGUUUCUAUGAGCUGAUUCCUCAGGACCUGAUCAAGAUCUUUGAUGAAAACGAGCUGGAGCUGCUGAUGUGUGGCUUAGGAGACGUGGACGUCAACGACUGGAGAGAAAACACCAAAUAUAAAAAUGGCUACAACCCAAAUCACCCUGUCAUCAUCUGGUUCUGGAAGACGGUGUUGCUGAUGGAUGCAGAGAAGCGAAUCCGUUUGCUGCAGUUUGUGACGGGAACGUCCCGCGUACCGAUGAACGGCUUCGCUGAGCUCUACGGAUCCAACGGGCCGCAGUUGUUCACUAUCGAACAGUGGGGUGCGAGGGACAAACUGCCCCGAGCGCACACCUGCUUCAACCGGCUGGAUCUCCCUCCGUACGAGUCGUUCGAGGAGCUCCGUGAGAAGCUGCUCAUGGCGAUAGAAAACGCUCAAGGCUUUGAUGGGGUGGAUUAGACUCCGGCUGCCACGGCAACAGCGUAACCAUGGCGACAGCAUCAGGACCAUCAGGGCAUGUGCGAGCGGCUCUACGGGAAACGAGGACACACCGUUAUAAAAUCACAAAUCUGUAUGUUUCUGAUGUUUACAGAAUAACGUUUUGUAAUGUACUCUUGCAUACAGCUGUAUGUUUCUACGUACAAGAUUUCGAAACAUCUAUAGAUUUGAUCAUAUCUAUGCAUUUGAGCAUAACUGAGGAAUCGUGUAUUUCUAAUAUGAGCUUUUAAGUCACGCGUUAUGGAUGUGCACUAUUUGGCUGAUGAGAUUUCCCAACAUGCACAAUGUGAGACCAUUAUAUUUCUGGCAGUCUGUACAAAUAAUGUAAUUUUUUCGUUUGUUUUUGAAUUUUUAAAAAUUCUAAUGUAUCCAGGCAUCAUUGUUUGUACUGAUCAAAUGCUCUAUUGCUCUUAAUCAUGAUUUUUUUCCCCCCCUCACUUUGACUUUGUUUACAUGUUUUUUUGUUUACAGAUAGCUCACUUUUGAAAACCAUAUGAUUAUUAAUCUUUUUUUUUUUUUUACUGCUUUUGAAGGUUGAAGCACUUUUCUAAAAUCAUAAGGUUCAAGUCUUACUAUGUAUAGAUCACCUCAGUCAAGCUGUAUUGAGACAAAUCAUUGCUUUAUAUCAUUUACUAAAUGUUUACAGCUUAAAUAUUGCUUAAAGUAAGCACAUUUUGUCUUGCAAGAAACGUAUCGGACUGUUAAAUAACUUUGCCUUCAUUUGUACUAUAAAACUAUUCGAUUCUGUGUGCUGACGAGCAACUUUUAAUGAGGAAACACUUUUAUGGUCGAUAUUGUAGUUUAAUUAGACACUAUUAUAUGAACUGCAUUUCUACAAAUGUUUUUGGCACUGACGAGAGGGUUUCAGAAAGGAUUUUCUAUUAAAGAUUUAUGAGCGAAAGUGUCUUUCGUUUUAUUGUAAAUUGUGCUGAUUUGAAUUGUCACGCC